AUUUUAAAAGUGAAUCAUUACUCAUCAAUUAGUAAUUAUGUCAAAUGUUAAUUAUCUAUAAGUUAUUUAUUUAUAUUUAUAAUAUUUAUUUAAAUUAAUGAAUUUGUUUUAUUCAAAUAAUGGAUGAUAUUCAAGAUAAAAAAUUUGGUGCAACUGACAGUCGAUUUGUACCAAGAAUACCAAGUCCACGUCCACCUUUACCCCGCAUGAUGACAUCAAAGCCAAUAAAACUCAGAACUGUGUCUACUGGUCAGGAGCCAGACAACUCGAGUAGUUUUGAAGAUGACUCUGAAUCAGACACUCUAGAUGUUGAUGAGACUGAUAAUGUACAGGCUGGUUCACUGCCUGGUAAUUUACGAAAUUCGCCUGAAAAUAAGCGGCAUAUUUUGGCAGAUUCUCAUAAUGAAAAGAGAAAAACUCCAAUCAAGCCAAAAGCUGAAGCGAGAACUCCAAGAAGUCCAACUUUGCACAAAAAGAAAAAUAAUUUAGGGAUCAAAAAUUAUUUCAUAUGUGGAAUGAUCGUUACUGCAACUCUGGCGGUUGCAUAUGCAGUGGUUUCAAACAAAAGUUACACAGAAACACAAACUCGGGAAAAUACUGUAUCUGAGGAUGUGAUUAUCAGAAAUUUAGAAGAUAAUAUUGAUAGCAUUAGCUACAAAUUUAAGCAGCAGUACAAUGAUAUUUGGGAUGAUAUAAUUGCUGGUAUUGCCGGAGUUGUAAGACACCCAGACAAACCGGCUAUAAUAUUUUUAUUUUCAAAUCUUGAUAGUCCAAUGACUUGUCUUGCUAAAAUGAUAGGAAACGCCAGCAAAGCAGCUCUGGGUUCUUCUGAUGAGUUGUGGCUUUCUCCAUCGCAAAUGGGAAACGAUCCCGGUUUUGUUAUCGAUAAAUUCCAGGAUCAAAUAGAGAAACAAAAAAUUGUGAUUGUAGAAAAUUUAUUAGAUAUCGAUCCCGAAGCAAUGAUGGCUUUUCAUCAUCUGUGUGAUCGUGAAACUCCUUUGGUAAAAGAAGCCGUUUUUAUCCUCACAAUGGUCGCCAAAGGAUACGACCAAGCCAAAGACAAGGCGAUUAAUUUUGUAGAGAAUCAAUUGGAGCUGAAAUUAAAGGGUCAGAUAAAUCCGGAUAAAGUGGAGCCAUUGAUCACCAGAAUGACAGAUGGUGUUAUCAUUCCAGUGCAACCGGAACCGGACAUUAAAAGCUGCCCUUUGCGUUAUUAAAAGAAAUGUAUAGAGUAUUACUCAUUUUAUUUUUAUAUUUAAUUGAAUAAAUAUUUUAUAUCAUUUUCGAAGUUUAAAUUUUUUGUACUGCUCGUUACUAGUGAUAAAAAAAAUGUAGAUAAAUAAAUAUUUAUAAUAAAUUUUUCGAAAUUAUUAAAUUUUUAUUUUCAUCUUCAUAAGAAAUAAUACAAUAGAAGGAACAAACGAAACCUUUACUACGAGGAUUGCUUGAAUUUUUUAAAUUUUCAAUAAUACACUUUUAUCUAUUAAUUUUAUUAUUAU